GUGCAUCUGGAGCGAAAAGAAACGGGCGGAUCUGCUCGCUAGAAGCGCCGGGGCUCCGCGUGUGGAAUAUGCUUUAAAUUGCACCCUGUUGUUCUGUUCGAUUUCGGGAGAGCAGAUCGAGGACAUCGCCGUUUCUCAUCCAGGAAUUUGCUCCUCGCGACGACUCGUCUUUUACUACGAGCUGGAUCCUUCACCCAAGGCGUCCCUGAUAUGGCAGAUACCGAAGAAGGGUUCGUGCUCCCCGGGACUCCCAGCGAGCCGGAGCCGAAGGAGCAGCAGGAGGACAGCAAACAGGAGAGUCACCUGGGGGCUUCGAGGAAAUCCCCAUCUCCACAAACCACGUUCACCCAGCAGGGAAUGGAGGGCAUUAAGGUGUACUUACACGAAAGAGAGCUGUGGACUAAAUUCCAUGAAGUCGGCACUGAAAUGAUCAUCACCAAGGCGGGGAGGCGAAUGUUCCCAAGCUACAAAGUGAAGGUUACUGGACUAAAUCCAAAAACGAAAUACAUCCUCUUGAUGGAUAUAGUUCCUGCGGACGACCACCGCUACAAAUUUGCUGAUAAUAAAUGGUCAGUGACCGGAAAGGCCGAACCGGCGAUGCCCGGCAGGCUCUACGUGCACCCAGACUCACCGGCCACGGGGGCGCACUGGAUGCGGCAGCUCGUCUCCUUCCAGAAGCUAAAGCUCACGAAUAACCACCUUGACCCCUUCGGACAUAUUAUACUGAAUUCCAUGCACAAGUACCAACCCAGACUCCACAUUGUGAAGGCGGAUGAAAAUAAUGGAUUUGGCUCCAAGAACACCGCCUUUUGCACUCACGUAUUCUCAGAAACGUCCUUUAUUGCAGUUACGUCCUACCAAAAUCAUAAGAUCACACAGCUGAAAAUCGAGAACAAUCCGUUCGCCAAAGGCUUCCGGGGGAGCGACGACAUGGAGCUGCACCGCAUGUCCAGGAUGCAGAGCACCAAGGAGUACCCCGUGGUCCCCCGCAGUACCGUGCGCCAGCGGGGGGCCUCUAGCCAGAGCCCCUACGGCGGGGAGGGUCGAGGCCUCGGCGCACCCGGCAGCCUGGGCUCCCAGUACUCUUGCGAGAACGGCGUUGCCGGCAGCCCCCAGGAUCUCCUGUCCCAGACGAGCUCCUACCCCCUGCCCCAUGAGCACAGCCAGGUGUACCACUGCUCCAAGAGGAAAGUUGAGGAGGAGUGCCACGCAGCCGAUCACCCGUACAAGAAGUCCUACAUGGAGAGCCCCCCUAGCGAAGAUGAGGCCUUCUACCGGCCCACCGCCUACUGCCAGCCCCCAGGUCUUGCAGGACCCUACAGGACGGAGUCAGCGCAGCGCCAGGCCUGCAUGUACGCCAGUGCCUCGCAGUCAGCCGAACCCGUGCCCAGCCUGGAGGACAUUAGCUGCAACUCGUGGGCCACCGUGCCCCCCUACAGCAGCUGCCCCGUCUCGGCCAUGCAACCCAUGGAGCGGCUGUCCUACCAGCACUUCUCUGCCCACUUCACCUCAGGCCCCUUGGUACCAAGACUGAGCGGCGUUGCGAGUCACGCCUCCCCACCUCUAGGUGACACCCACAGCAUGUACCAGAGCUCCAUGCCCCAUCAGCCUCUGGCCCGGCAGUGCGGCCCAAAUGCGGGCAUCCAGUCCCCAACCGCGGGCCUUCAGGGAAAUGAAUACCUUUACCCUCACGGCAUGCCUCGCACCCUGUCCCCACACCAGUACCACCCUGUUCACACUGUGGGCAUCAUGCCAGAAUGGAGCGAGAGCAGCUAG